AUGGACGAAUACCCUCGCGCGGCUGAUCGCGACCAGCCCGUCGGAGCUGGAACAGAGAAAACGAGCCGGCUCCUGAUCCGCGAAUAUCCUCACCGAGCCAUCGCCAUUGCUUCUUCUUCGCAUGCCCUUAUAUUCCGCUACAGCCCUACCGCGAAUGACCCAGUCGCAGAUGGGUCUCUUACUUCCCUCCCGCCGGCGCGAGCACGAAAUGGAGACGAGAAUCUGGUCUCCAAAUGCAUGGUAGAGUUCACCCAUGUAACCGACGACCUACUGAAAGACUUUCGGUCCCUGACUCCUCGACCAAUAUACGGAACUUUGGGUCUCAUAUCCAUCAACCAAGAUGUCUUCAUUUCCGUCAUUACCCAAGCGACCCGGGUGGCCUCAGUCCGCCCGGGAGAGACUGUUGAGCGAAUCGCAAAUGUUGAUUUCUUCUGCUUGAACAGCCCCGAGUACGACAACGUCUAUUCUGCAAAUCCUUGGGAUGACUACUCUGACUCUGCCUCGACGUAUGGCCAAACGUUGAACCGGAGAGAAGGCGAAAUAGAAUAUCCAUACCAUGAGCUGCAAAAGCUGUUAAGCAAUGGGAGUUUCUACUUCAGCACUGAUUUCGACUUGACGAAUCGUCUCCAAGACAGGCCUGUCGACUCGGAUACCUUCGAUAUUGACAACUUUGACGACUCCUUUCUUUGGAACUCCUUCAUGAUUAGUCCCUUGGUCCAGUUCAGAUCUCGUCUAUUGGUGCACGAGAGAGAGUCUCUUGACGCAUCACGGUUCUUGACCUCGGCGAUUCGUGGGUUUUGUUCGACGCUGAACAUACCCCAAGCAGCGGCACCAAUGAGAGCUGCGAGAUCCGGCCUACCGUCACUUCUUACAGUGAUAUCACGCCUAUCUUGUAGAAGAGCCGGCACCCGGUUCAACAGCCGCGGCAUUGACGACGAUGGUAACGUAGCCAAUUUCGUGGAAACCGAGACGAUUUACUGGAGUCCAUCUGGCGUCCUCUUCUCGUAUGCUCAAGUCCGUGGGUCUGUUCCAGUUUUCUGGGAGCAAUCUGCCGGUCUCAUUCCAGGGCAGCAGAAGAUUACUGUCACACGGUCCGCAGACGGUACACAACCAGCUUUCAAUAAGCAUUUCGAGGAGUUGGAGCAUUCUUAUGGUGCUGUGCAUAUUGUCAACCUAUUGAGCGCCACUAAGCCGGGCGAAGUGGAACUUACGCAACAGUAUCACUACGGUGUCCAGCACUGCUCCCUUGUGGGCCAGGGCGAGAAGCGGUUGCAAGAUCAUGCCCUAUUGCGUGAAACCGAUUACGACUUCCACGCAGAAACGAAGAGUCUUGGAUAUGAAGCAGCAAAGGAUAUCAAGAGAUACAUUGAACACUCUGCUGAUGGGUUCGCUUAUUACCUGGCCGAAGCCGUGGACGAUUCUACAGACACGACACUAGAACACAGACCGGGCAGUCGAAUGGUUGUAGUUCUCCAGCAAGAAGGAGUCUUCCGGACAAACUGUCUAGAUUGUUUGGAUAGAACGAACCUUAUCCAGUCGAUCAUUUCGCAACUGGCAGUUGAAGCUUUUUUGACGCAUCGUGCUGAAUACGCAGCAUCCGAUUUCUGGAUGAGACACUCGACUCUAUGGGCAGAUAACGGCGAUGCACUGUCCAGAAUUUAUGCCGGAACUGGUGCGCUCAAGUCAUCCUUUACAAGGCAUGGGAAGAUGUCUCUGGCAGGAGCUUUUGCAGAUGCCCGAAAAAGUGCUACCAGAUUAUACAUAAACAACUUCGCUGACAAGGCGAGGCAAAAUACGAUUGAUCUGCUCUUAGGAAGAUUGGUGGGGCAAUCUCCUGUACAUCUGUUCGAUCCCAUAACCGAUUAUAUUUCUAGCGAGCUGUCAAAACGAAAUGUUGAAUAUUCCUCAACCGAAACUAUCAACAUGUGGGUUGGUACGUUCAAUCUCAACGGCAAAACUAGUGGUAUCAACGAGGACUUAUCUCCUUGGUUGUACCCAGCCAUCCUUGGUAGGGCGACACAACCUGAGAUAGUUGCAGUUGGCUUUCAAGAGAUUGUCGAGUUGAGCGCCCAACAGAUCAUGAACAGUGACCCAACACGAAAGCAAGAGUGGGAGCGAGCUAUCAAACGGUGUCUCAAUGAGCGCUCCAAACAGAUAGGUGGCGACAAGUACGUCCUCCUUCGAAGUGGUCAGCUUGUGGGUGCGGCGUUGUGCAUCUUUGUCAAAUCCUCCGUAUUGCCGAAAAUCAAGAAUGUUGAAGGCAGUGUCAAGAAAACGGGAAUGUCCGGCAUCGCUGGAAACAAAGGCGCCGUGGCGAUUCGUAUGGAGUACGCAAACACUCAGCUGUGUUUUGUUACGGCACAUUUGGCAGCAGGUUUCGCAAACUAUGAGGAAAGAAAUAAGGAUUACGCUACCAUCCAUCAUGGCCUCCGCUUCCAGCGAAAUAGGGGUAUCGACGAUCAUGAUACUGUUAUUUGGAUGGGCGAUUUCAACUAUCGGAUAGGACUGAGCCAUGAAAGAGCGACGGAUCUCGUGCAAAAGAAAGAUCUUGGAAAGCUCUACGAGAACGAUCAGCUCAAUCUUCAAAUGGUCGCUGGUCUUGCUUUCCCAUUCUAUUCUGAAGCUAGGAUUACGUUCAUGCCUACAUACAAGUUCGACAUUGGUACCGACAGGUAUGACACCUCCGAGAAAGCACGUAUUCCUGCUUGGACAGAUCGAAUAUUACGGAAAGGCACCAACAUAAGACAACUGUCCUACGAUUCCGCCCCAUUAAAAUUCUCCGAUCAUCGCCCCGUCUAUGCGACGUUUCAGUGUAUCAUCAGUAUUAUUGAUGAGGCCUUGCGUGAAAACAUUAGUCAUGAGCUUUACGAGCGCCGCAAAGCGGAACUUGGUGAGGGCGGUGCGGCUUUAGAUCUAGACGACUCCGAUGAAGAGGACUUGAUUGGGUAUGAUGCGAUCGAGCCAGGCUUGCCUCCUGCUAGCUCAGAUCGUCAACGAUGGUGGCUUGAGCACGGAAAGAUGGCUAAAUCGGGCGUAUCACCACCAAAACCCGCCAACGGCAACUCAACUGUCAUACUUAAUCCGAAUCGACCCGCCAAUCCCUUCACCCCGACAGACGAGCCAGACUGGGUCGCUGUGCCACGAGCAAGUUCCAGAUUGGGAUCAUUCUCGAGCAUGUCUAGCUCGCCCUACGAACAUAUCAACCACUCUACUCUCCUCUCUACGUCUGCAUCCAGUACUACGCCUAGGAAGCUGCCACCACCAUUUGAGCCCGGAAACUUACCUGCUAAGGUCGGCCGGAUCAAUUUGAUGGAUGAGCCGAUUGCUGGUCAGUCUUUCCGAAGAGAAGAAGCACCUCCACCUCCACCUCCCCGCCGCCAAACCGGAACGCCUACAGCGCAAACGACACCGAGGGCUAUCCCAGUAAAUGCUCGGAAGCCGGUGCCGCCUCCGCUAGAGGCCAGGCGCCUGUCAGUGACAUCACAGGCAUCAGGUACAUCCAGCAAAUCGAAAGCGCCACCACCUGUGGCGAAGAAGCCAGCACAUCUAGUCUCUACAUCACCUCUUACGAGUCCUUCCCUCCACGGCGAUAGUCAAUUUGAAGACUCCAGUUUCCGGCCAGGUCUACCAAGACGAGCUUCGACUAAUAUUCAAAGCUUAACCUCAAAACUUGAGCAGAAUGGUUCCGCAAAGCUAACGGGAGGAAUGCAUAAGCCUUCACCCCCAGUCACGCACCCAAAGCGGGUCGGCACUUUUCCACCCAAUUCCGGACAAGGAGGGAGGUCACAAACACCCAGUGGCGGAGUGAGCCUGCCCGGACUAGGGGAACGGAAGCCGGCGCUGCCCACACGGCCACAACAGCAGCAACAGCACACAUCACCUACGUCCCAUCCAACUCCACCCCCGAAACCAGUAAGGAAACCGGUGAUGGUAGAUCUUCUGGGAGACGACGAGCCUACACGGGCAGUGAACGGCUGGGAGACAUUACGACCUAGUUAG